AUGACCGACUCCAACCCCACUUCUGCUGCUAUAACAUCAGAAAAUAGCGCCACUACGAGUGGCUCAGCGCCCUUCGAUGGGGAUAUGAGCGCAUUUGGUCUUCCUGCCAACUUUGGGGGAGCAGCCUUCGCCUCCAGUGAAUCUGAGUCUGGGCCUGGUAAAGGAAGAGGGAGGGGACACGGCCGCGGGGCCAGAGGGGCUAGUCGUGCUGGUAGAGGAGGAGGUGGUGGUGGUGGCGCACCAGCGGCGGGUUCGGGAGAGACGACAUCGUUGUCGUUGUCGUCUUCUGUCCCAACUGGUCCUAAGUCCCAGCUGGACCCCGCCUCUCACUCACCUCGCCAUGAGUUGGGAGGAUUCCGAGGUGGGAGAGGUCGUGGCUUCUCGCACGCUUCUGAUGUGCAGGUACGUGGGCGCGGUGGAGCGGGGGGAGCUCGUGGUGGAGGUCGGGGGAGGGGAGGUGGACGAGGAGAUUUUGGUGGACAGGGACAGGGUCAGAGUCAGGGUAACGGCUACGGCUAUGCGCCGCCGGAGCGGACGCCUCAGGCUUUCUUCAAGCCUUCGUUCUUGGAGGAUCCAUGGGCGCACCUCACCUCGAAGAGGGUCACAUCGUAG